UAUUUGCACCUGCUGACGGCACGAAUCUCAGUUAUUAACCAGUCCGGAAAUUCGUAUUCUUAUAGGUCUUUAGCGGCGGGAAUACUACUAACACUCAAAAGUAGGAAAUAACUCAGAGUUUUUCUAGCGAAAUUUAUUUUCACGGAGAUCCGAGUGAGUAGGAAUGGCUUCAAAGGCAAUUCAAACACUUUCGAAGCCGAGUGUCUCCCACACAAAAACCCACGUUGAAAGACCGAGAAGGGUUUGCUCGAAAAAAUCCUAUUGCGAGGUCGAGCCAGACGAUGAUGAAUUUUCUGCAGAAGACGUAAAACAAUACAGACCCAAGGGAGGUAGAAGGAAAGAGUCAUAUUCUUUCAUUAUGCUGGAGAAGAAACAGAGGCAGAUUGCUCAAACUUUAAAAUGGCUUGGUGAAAAUUAUGAGUUGAAGGAAGGGAUGUGUUUACCACGAUGUGUCAUGUACACGCACUAUCUAGAUUUUUGUCGUAAGGGCAAGCUGUGCCCAGCAGGACCAGCCACUUUUGGGAAGAUAAUCCGUCAACGGUUUCCAAAGCUGACGACAAGAAGACUUGGAACUCGUGGGCAAUCAAAAACGCAAACCACAAGAAGUUUUCCCUCAGUGCCAAGUCUGGAACUCUUUUACCUGAAUUCCCCAACGCGAAAACUGUCCAAUUACCGGAUGGAGUUUCUAACCACAAGGUAGAGACAUUCAUCAUGAUGUACCGAACGCACUGCCAGAGAAUGCUGGAUACUGUUGUCAGCGCCAACUUUGAGGGAGUUCAGAAUUUUAUCACUCACUUCUGGCAAGGCAUGCCGGACCAUAUAAUUUCAGUGCUAGAGUGUCCUGUUGUGGUUGACAUUGUGGCCAUUUGUGACUCAAUUUUAUACAAGGUCUUGACGGAUGUACUUAUUCCUUCAACCAUUCAAGAUCUUCCAGACAGUCUCAGAGAAGAAAUAAUUGACUUUGCCGACAGCCUCCUUGCUUGGCUAGAAAAAUCUUUAACUGAGGUGCCACUUGCACUGAAAAAUGCAAAGUUAGAAGUUGCAAGAAUAUUUACUCAAGCGUUAAAAAGACAAGUUUGCUUCGUUCACCUUGCACAGGCAGCACGUUCAGCUUUAUUGAGUUACGAGGAUGUCUCUCAGAUGUUGGGUGACCUAAGGAAAAUCGACUUUGAUCAAAUUCUUUCCAAAAGCUUCUUCAUUAUUGAAAACAUGGAAGUAUUUCACAAAACUAAGACAUAUGUCAGUGAGCUCGAAAAUCUCCUCAGUAAACAAGCACCACUGGAAGCGUAAAUAGAAUGGCUGGACAGUGUGGUGGAUCGAUGUGUUCUGAAGGAAUCAGAAAAGACUUCUAUUGAAGACAGAGCAAGGAAAUUUCUUGCCAUGUGGUCUUUUAUUACCGCACGAUUGUUAGCUGAUUUGACGCUAAGAAGUGCUCCGAGUUUUGGUGUAUUUCAUUUGAUGCACACUGCUUUUGAGGAAUAUGUAUUCCUUGUGGUCGAAAACCAGAUGAUUGUGGAAAUGGAUAAAAAGUUGAAACGUUCUCUUGAGAUACAUCUCAUGAAAGAUAAUUCCACAUUGAUGCCGUCCAUCGAAACAGAGCUUGACAAACCCAAAGAAAAUAUGCAGCCAGAACAACAACAUGACAAGCCAAAGGAAGCACGGCGAGCUAAAAGGCAAAAUAACACAUGGUCGAAUUUCAUUCGAGCUCCUAAAAUGAAUUUUGCAAAAGAUCACUCCUCCCUGCAUCAAAAUAAAGAAAAGACUCGCCCUGAAUUUUUUUCCGAGGGCAGUCACUAUGUUACAGCAAGCACGCCAAAUGUGACCUUUCCUAGCGAACAGAUCUUUCAGACAGCGCCAAUGAACAACCAACCACGGCAAAUGCCGAAUCCAACGCCGAUGAAUGUUUCUGUUCCAACGUCUUUUUCACCUUUACAAGAAUGUCGCUCCAGUUUUCAGCCGUUACCACUACCAGAACAAGAACAACCACGCCAAGCAACUCCAGAGGCUGCGUUUCAAGGUGAUUUUAUUAAUGCCAUCGACAAGGCAUUUUUCUCCUCAAGGGUUACCCUCAACCCCGACGACUACAUGGGAUCGCCAUGGGUUCAAAACGAAGCAUCAAAUCUCACCGUGCUGAAUCCUGUCAGUCUCCAAGAACACAACCUUAUCAACAA